UUUACAUACUGUUGAAUGUCUCGUGAUCCCGUUAUUUUACAUGUGUGUGAAGAACUUCUAUCUGCUUCUUCUGGUUUAUCCAGAUCUUCUUCUUUGCUUAUUUUUGGAUCUGGAGAUCCUCUACUCUUUCUUAUUCAUUCAAUCACUCUCUCUUUUCAUUAUUUGUCUCACUGCUGCUGGCCAACUGAAGCCACUGACUGAACCUCCUACUUCUAGUUGUAAACUUCCCCUUUUAGUAGCAGAAACCUGCUGCUGUGCAAGUAUUGAGUAAUAGAUAGACACAAGACAUGGGCGUGAUAUUCUUGAUCAUUGUACUUGCUCUUUCAGCAAUCUGAUAAUGGUAUGGGAACUAACCGAUCCAGCCCUAAAGCUUCAGUGGAUUACAGCAGUAAAUCGAGUGAAUCCAGCGGGAGGAAAAUGCUGUCAUGUUUGAAAACGUGUCACUGAUUGGGAUCAUCAAAUAGUAAAUGAAGUCAAAGAAAUUCCAGUUCAACACAACAGUUCAGAGGAGGAGAAAAGAUCUACAAAUAUUAUCUGAGCUCGGUGAAUUGGUGAAGGGCGAUGGCAUCUGUUAAAGAUCUGCUCAAGAAAUCAAUGUAUGAACUGGGAGGAGAUGAUCUAAAGGAGUUUCAGUGGCACUUAGAGAAUGAUCAUGAGAGUAUAUCAAAGUCUGACAUGGAGAAUGCAGAUAGGUUAAAAACUGUGGAUAAGAUGGUGGAGUGUUUUGGACCAGAAGAAGCUGUGAAGAUCACUGUGGAGAUCCUGAGGAAGAUAAACCAGAAUAAUCUGGCUGAGCAUCUAGAAAACAAACUCAAGCAAGGCUCAACUGCGGACGACAGACAAGCUAUUCUUCAUGAUUACACAGAAACCAGCCGCAGACUGAAGAACAAAUUAAAACGGGACUACAAGUGGAUAUUCAUUGGUAAUUCACAAACGGGUCAAAAGAAAAACUUGAACAAUAUUUACACUGAUUUAUAUGUGGUGGAGAAUGAGACUGGAGGAAGAGAAAAUAACCACGAGGUGAUACAGAUCGAUUUUAAUCAAAAACAAAGUGAUGCCAAGGACACACCAAUCCAGUGCAAUAAUAUUUUUAAAGUCCAUGAGCAUCAACAAAACAAAAAGGUAAUGACGUUGGGGAUCGCAGGGGUAGGAAAAACUGUGUCUGUCAAUAAAUUCAUCCUUGACUGGGUUGAAGGAAAAGAAAAUCAGGAUAUAGCCUUCAUUUUUCCUCUGCCAUUCCGUCAGCUAAACCUUCUUACAGAGAACUGCAGUCUCAUGGAACUGCUUAACAAACACUUCUUUAAUGAUCCUAAAGAACUGCCCUCUCUUCCUGAAGGUGAUGGUAAGGUCUUGUUCAUUUUUGAUGGGCUGGAUGAAUGUCGCUUACCUUUGAACUUUAAAGAGGGUGACAGAAUUACAGAUGUUCACAAAAUAACAACAGUGAGUAAGAUAAUAACAAACCUUAUCAAGACAGACCUGCUUCCCUCUGCUCUCAUCUGGAUCACAUCCAGACCAGCAGCAGCCAGUCUGAUACCCCGAAAAUUAAUUGAUCAAAUGACUGAAGUGCGAGGAUUUAACAAUGAACAGAAAGAGCAAUACUUCAUCAAAAACAGCAGUUCUGAGGUUUCUGAAAACAUCAUCCGUCACAUCAAGAAAUCCAGAAGUCUGUACAUCCUGUGCCACAUUCCUAUCUUCUGCUGGAUCUCUCUCACUGUUCUUCAGCCUCUACUGGCUCAAGAGAGUAAUGACAAAACACCUACAACUCUCACAGGGAUGUACACAAGCUUCUUAAUUUCUCAGCAACAACAAAUGGAAGAAAAAUACUGUGAUGAUCCUGAAGCCAAUGCAAUGCAUUUUGAUCAGAUUAUUCUGAAGCUUGGGAAACUGGCCUUUCAACAGCUGGAGAAAGGAAACCUGAUUUUCUACAAAGAAGAUCUUGAGGAAUGUGGACUAGAUGUCAGUGAAGGGUCUGUCUACUCUGGGUUAUGUACUCGAAUGUUUCAGGAGGAAAAAGCUGUUUCAGCAAGAAACGUUUACAGCUUUGUACAUCUCAGCAUCCAGGAAUUUCUUGCUGCUCUUUAUGUGUUUUUGAUUAACAGAGACAAGAAUGAAAACCCAUUUCUUGAAUCAUGGACAGAAAAAUUAACAUGGAAAUUCUCCAAAAAGCCACUGUUUAAACUUCAUAAGACUGCAGUCAACAAGGCUUUAGAAAGCAAGAAUGGACACCUGGAUCUUUUCCUUCGGUUCCUCCUGGGUCUUUCACUGGAGUCCAAUCAGAGUGACCUGAAGGAUCUACUGCCAGGACUGGAAUUGAAAACGGAGGGCGUUAAAGACACUGCUGACUAUAUCAAAAAGAAGAUACAGAAGGAGAAAUCAGUAGAGAGGACCAUCAAUCUCUUCUACUGUCUGAGUGAACUAAAAGAUGACUUUGUGGAGGAAAUCCAGGAGAAUCUGAGCUCAGGAAAUCUUUCAGCACAGAAUCUCUCCUCUGCUCAGUGGUCUGGUCUAGUGUUUGUGCUCCUCAUGUCAGAAGAGACUCAAGAGAUGUUUGAACUGCAGAAAUACAGAGGAUCUGAUGAAGCAGUGAUGAGACUGCUCCCAGUGAUAAAAAACACUAGAAAAGCACUGCUGCAGUGCUGUAAUCUCACUUUUCAUUGUUGUAAGAGUUUGUCUUCAGCUCUACAAUCCUCAAUUUCUUUCCUGAGAGAGUUGGACCUGAGUAACAAUGACCUGCAGGAUUCAGGAGUGAAGCUUCUUACUGAUGUGCUGAAGAGUCCAAACUGUCAGCUGGAGAUACUGAGGCUGUCUGGCUGUAUGGUGACAGAGGAAGGCUGUGGUUAUGUGUCUUCAGCUCUGAGUUCAAACCCCUCACACCUGAGAGAGUUGGAUCUGAGCUACAACCACCCGGGAGAUUCAGGAGUCAAGCUUCUUAAUGAAAAACUGAAGGAUCCAAACUGCACACUGGACAAACUCAAUGUGGAUCAUGGAGGAGAGAACUGGAUUACACCAGGACUACGGAAAUAUUCCCAUCAGCUCACUCUGGAUCUGAACACAGUGAAUAAAUUCCUUCGUCUGUCUGAGAGGAACAGAGUGAUUACUGUCACUAACACACCGCAGCCGUAUCUUGAUCAUCCAGACAGAUUUGAUGAUGUGUGGCAGGUGUUGUGUAGAGAGAGUGUGUGUGAUCGACGCUGUUACUGGGAGAUUGAGAGGAAUGGGAAAUAUGUGUAUAUAUCAGUGUCAUAUAAGAGCAUCAGGAGAAAGGGAGUGGGUGAUGAGUGUGAGUUUGGACAUAAUGAUCAGUCCUGGAGUUUGUUCUGUACUCCUGACAUUUACUCAUUCAGACACAAUAAGAUAGUGACUGAUCUCCCUGUAAAGCCCAUCAGCAGUAGAAUAGGAGUGUAUGUGGAUCACAGUGCAGGAACUCUGUCCUUCUACAGCGUCUCUGGAGACACAAUGAGCCUCAUCCACACAGUCCAGACCACAUUCACUCAACCGCUCUAUCCUGGGUUUAUGGUUGGUUAUAAACCGCUCUAUCCUGGGUUUGGGGGUUAUAUUGGAUCAUCAGUGAAACUGUGUUGAUGAAUCAGAACAGACUGUAGAGAGAUUCUACCCAUAAUGCUUUGAGCUCAUGAUAAAUCAGUGACUGUCACACUUGACUAGAUGAUCGAAGAUAAGAGUGUUGAUGCAGAAAGACGAUGAACACUUUUGUUUACAGUAUUUUUCAACACGUCUCAAAAGAAACAUUUAUCUCAAGUCACAAACACCUUUGCCAUAAUAUUGUGUUUUUGGAUUUAUCAUAAACACACAGUUAUUCAGAACCUAAAGCGCUUCUUUCAUGAGCUCCUGUGAUCAUUUGGGUUGUCACACAUACAGCCCGCGGGAUGAUUUGAACUGUAAUAAUAAUAAAAUAUAGAGAUGCACUAGUCCACUGGUCAUAAAUCCAAACGUUUUUUAGUGUUAUUUUUGGUAAAUUUUUAUUCCAGGCUGGCAAACAAGGUGCUUUGUAAUAAUUUCCUAAAAUGUAAUUUGUGUGGAAAUAUUUACGAUGUCUGUAAACAAGAAGUUAACACAGGCGAACGGACACAAAGAGGAGAACAGAUGCGCCACAGAGAAAAUACUGUACAUACACAAGCUCACUGUUCGCUAAAUAUAGGAAGAAUAAUAUAAAUAUUGAAUUUAUAUGUUGAUAUAAAUGUGUCUCUGAAGGGAACUGUCUUCAGAAAAGUUUUGAUGGUUUUUCCUCUUAUCUCCAUUUAAAGUAUUUAUAAGUAUCUAUUUAUCGAUGCAGCGCUGCUUUGUGUACAGCGGUAACCAUGGAAACGCUAUAUCACUGCUGUCCCGUGAGCGCCACCUACUGUCAGAGAGUGAAUCUGCAUCUUCAUUCAGUCCGUCUGCUGAUUGUGUUUUGUGCAGGUGUCUUAUGAAGCAUCAUUUCACAAAGCUAAAGGCAGACCAUGCUGUUUUUGUUGUUAAUCUUGAAAUGAUACAAUAAUUUAAAUUAAAAACAACUGCUCAUGUGAAUAAGUUCUUUGUUUGGAUUGUGAUAAAAAUGCAGUACCUCUAAUAUAAAAAGCUACACAUAUUUUUUGAACAAUUAAACAACAAAUAAAUUUUCUUAAAAAAAAAAAAAAAACUGCAACCAGUAGCAGAAUCGGCCAAUUUGCUUCUAAAAAAUGUGGAAUUGGCCACAAAAAAUCAAAAUAGGUGCAUCACUAAUAAAAAAAUAAAGCAUAUAAAAAUGUAAUAUUUUUUUCGCUGUAAAAACAAAUGCAGUUUUAAUCAGCAGUGUAAUAGUUUCCUUGAGAUUCCUUUAAAUAUCUGAAUUUAUAGAAGAAAAACUGCAUAUAAAUGAUUUUAGAAGACUUUUAUUUUGAAACUCAUCAUCAGACAGUCCUGACUCUGUGUGAGUGACACUCUGAGGUGAUGUACUAUCAUUUUGAACUGAAACUAGACUGUGGAAACAAAUUCAUUUAAAUAUUCAUCUGAAUUUAUAGAAGAAAAACUGCAUGUAAAUGAUUUUAGAAGGCUUUUAUUUUGAAGUUAAUCAUCUGUCAUUGUGUAAGUGAAAUGUAUUGUUUGGCUUGAUUAAUGUGGGUAAAAAUACUGUAAAAGAGAUUUAUCUUAUAAAUCUGUUACUUCUUUCAUAAACAGUUUCACAUUUCUUCACAUUUUUAAGGUGUAAUUUCAACAAUAUUGUGUUACGAUCUCUGUAUCUGAAAAUACAAAAGUGUGGAAAACAUUGUAAAUAAAAUUCUUAUUGUGUUUAUGUUCUAGAUUCACCAUGAGCUUUUUUUAAUGUUGUUUACUUUUGAUAUUUUUAUUAUUACUACUACUACUAUUAUUAAUAUUUUAUUUAUCAUUAUUGUUAUUAGUGGUAAUAGUAACAUUUUCGUUAAUUAUCAUUAUUAAUGUGUUUCAUUAUUAAUGUAUUUAUUAUGAUUAGAUUGAUUAGAUUUUCCCUUUAUUGAUUAAUAAUUACUCUGUUAUGUUGUAAUGUAUUUGUUCUUUCAUUUCAUGUGAAUGUAUUUUCAGAAACGGCCUCAUUUCAAACACUGUAUUUCCUUUCAGCGAUAAGUAAACACAUAAAUAUUGGUAAAUACA